CGCUGCCGUAGUAAUCGGCAGGUGCCCACACUUAGCCGCAGUCGUCACUCGUCGCCGGUCCGUCCGCUAGCACACAAUACAUUUUGUCCUAAUAUCAUAUUAUUUUUAGAGGUACAAGACUACCACGCAAUGAAGUACCUGAAAUUGAGUUCCGGUGGAAACAUGCCGAUGGUCGGCUACGGUACAUGGCAGGCCGUGGACAAUGUUUUGGAAUCGGCCUUGAAUGAAGCCCUAACGUGUGGAUACAGACACAUCGACACGGCUACGGCUUACGAGAACGAACACGUCAUAGGAAAAGUUUUGAACGAAUGGAUCACAUCUGGUAAAGUGACUAGAGAAGAGUUGUUUAUCGUCACCAAGCUCCCCCCUUUCAAAAAUCGGCCUGAGGACCUGGAGGAGUGCUUAAAAAAAUCGCUCAACGACUUGCAGCUGGACUACAUUGACAUGUACUUGGUGCAUACUCCGUUCAGCGUGAUCGUGGGAGAAACGCCUGCCUAUAGCGACAUGAAAAUCGAUACCAGUACUGAUCACUUGGCGAUUUGGGAGAUGAUGGAGAAACAGGUAACUGACGGCCGAGCAAAGGCGAUCGGCUUGUCGAACUUCAACAUUCAACAGAUACAGAGGGUGCUAGACAACUGUAAGAUCAAGCCCGACAACUUGCAAAUAGAGAAUCACCUAUACCUUCAACAACCUGAACUCGUAGAAUAUUGCAAAAGCAACGAUAUCGUUGUGACCGCGUAUUCGUGUUUGGGUGCGAAAGGCGGCCGAGAAGUCAUGGGGUUGAAUUGGACCAAGGAUUUACCGGAAAUGAUGGAAAACGACGUGGUAUUGAGCAUUGCGGAAAAACACGGUAAGACUCCGGCCCAAGUGUUGUUGCGGUUUAUUGUUCAGAAGGGCAUCGUGGUCAUACCAAAAAGUACGAAUCCACAGCGGUUAGCGUUAAAUAUAGAGAUUUUCGAUUUUGAAUUGGACGAGCAAGACAUGGAGGCUAUGAUUGGUCAGGAUGCAGGAGAAGGAGGCCGCAUUAUACGACUUUUAUUCUUCGCUGGAAUCGCAGACCAUCCAGAAUAUCCUUUCGAAAAGAUCGUUUGAACUCGAAAUUAAUUCUACUACAAAUGCGACAGACCACUAUUACACGCGAACGAACCAAAUUCAAACUAUAUAAAACAGCAUUUGAUGAUAAACGAUUAUUUAAAUAUUUAUUAUAAGCCUAUUGGCUAUUGCUAUUACAGUGCUAGGGUUCACGUCAA